AGUCAGUUUGUAGCCAACAACAAGAUGCCACUAGUGUUACAUAAAACAGACGGGAGCCCUCCUGUCAGGGCUGUUCUUAUGACUAUUGACAUUCUUAAACUGAAAGUGGAGUUUGUUGAAGUCAAUACAUUGGCUGGAGAAACCCGGAGACCGGAAUAUGUUGCAAAAAAUCCUAUGCAUACAGUACCGCUACUUGAAGAUGGGAAUUUUACACUAGCUGACAGCCACGCGAUUAUUACAUACUUGGUGUCCAAAUAUGGUGGUGAAAAACGAGCGGAACUGUAUCCUAACGACUUCAGUACAAGAGCUACAAUCGAUCAGCGUUUAUACUUUGACGCUGCUGUGCUAUUCCCAAGAUUAAUUUCCAUCUUAAGGCCAGUAUUUAGAGAUAAAGCGACGGGACCGACUGCACAGCAAAUUGAAGACGUCAAAGAAGGUUAUGGAAUGCUUGAGAGAUACCUUCAAAAGUCUGAGUAUCUAGUUGGAAGCACUAUAACCUUGGCAGAUAUAUCCUUAGCUGCAACAGUGUCAACGCUCAAUGUGAUAGUACCAUUAACGGAAGAGUUUCCGAAAACUAUUCAAUGGUUGAACAAUUUGAGAGGAACUGAUUUUUACAAGAAAGCCAAUGAACCAGGAUUGACGAAGAUUACUGAAUUCUACAAUCUGUCGAUAAAGAAUAAUUCAUCAUAAUUGAAACAAACUUAAGUUUCAAUAAAAAUAAUUGCAAAUUG